AUUAUACAUGAUUUCUGCAAGAAUCUCUUCAGGUUUAAACUUUCUUUUCAAGAGUCAUGCCAUCAGCAAAGGAGGAGGCAGGAGAGUGAAGAAAGUUAGGAGGACUUACAUCUCUCAGCCCUUAGCAUAUAGGUUUAUUCAAGCCCAGUCAGUUCAAACUUACGCUAUUACAGGAACUUCGAUAUCUUUGCUUGGAGUUUAUUUGAUAUCAAGAUGGAAUUAUGCCAAUCCCUCAAAUAGGAAGAACUUUCUGGUUUAUAACAGAUAUUCAAUUAUCCAUGCAAACUCUGUUUAUGCUUAUUAUCACAGCCGAGGGCUACCAAUCAGAGAAAAGAUUCGUACUAGAGUAUCCAGAGAGGUCUUCCGUCUCUUAAUGGAACCACAUAUCCGAAAUAGGGUCAAAGGUUUGACAAUAGAAAUUUUGGAUCAUGAAGAGACCAGAGUAGCAUUUUCAAACCUCGCUUAUGAUGUGCUGAAUGAUAAAAAGCUUUGGGCUCAUAGUUUGAUUUCAAUAGGAUAUUUUGCAGGCAAAGGAGUUUGGGAAAAUCCCUAUGAUGCAGGCAAAAGCAUUGCUAAAGCUUAUAUCCCAUAUGGUGGCCCAAUUUUUGAUGGAGGAAUAAUAGUUUACAAAUACUCAAGUUAUUAUUUCAGCGACUCUAGUUCUCUCUUUAGCUACUAUGACAAAAUAUUCCAGGAAGGAGAUGUCAUUAACUCUAUCAAAUAUCUGGUGGUUGAUGGAGUCUAUAAUAAUCUCACUGAUCCCAAAACAUACAAAAAUUUAGUAGAUGUAGUAGCGAAGGUGAUCAAAGGAGACUCCUUUUUAGAUGCAGCAUAUGAUACAUACGUUAAAAAGCCGUAUAAGAAGGUAAUAUCAUAUUUUUACUCAAAAUAACACACUAUAAUUGUCAGAAUACUUACAACCUUGA